CUCAAAGAUACGAGACUCUGCGGUCUAGGCGGUAGGCAUGCAGCCUAAGGAUUUCUAUUUUUAACUUACUUAUUCCCAAGUUUUCAUAGUGAUGGCAACGCAAGGGAAAUGGAUCACGUCCACCGUUGACGGUGGGUUCUCCGCUCGUCGAGGUGAUAGUUGUCUACGCGGCUUCAGUAAGGCUGGCUUCAUCGGGUAUCGUGUUUGAACUCUGCGUCCCUGUUGCCAUGUUUUGUUCAUAGCCCUUCUCUGCUUUUUUCCUUUUGGGUAUGGUUGUUGCUUUGGUUUACGACAUGUAGCGUUGGUCAUCCUCUAUAUAUUCGAGGACAAAAAAUCAGAAAAAGGCUAAGAGAGUGUACAGGGAGCUGCCAAUCUGAUUUAUAAGAAGGCAAAAUAUAUAACUUGUCUGUAAAGCAAGACAUCUGGGAGUGAUAGAUUUAAUAACUUCUGUGUUGUUAUUUGUCAGUGUUUUUUUUUUUUUAAUUUAUUUUUGAAUAGUUUGCCAUCUUGACAACUGUGCACUGCCUCAAAUACCCCCAUCUCUCUCAAAGUGUCUGAAUAGAGACUAUCAUCAUCUCCUCAUCAUUUUGGGGGAUCUCUUGAGAAAAUGAAGCAAAGAAUGUGCUGUCUUCUCAUUGCUAUUCUGCUGACUACAUGCUGGAUUCAUGCAUCAUCAACCACGUCUUUAGAAUCUCAUGAUUUUGUUCCUCGUCAACAAGGUACUGUUCCAGAGUUCUCAGGGGCAGUUAACUUUGAGCCUAAACAGGGCCGUGUUGAAAUCGGCAAUGGUGGAGUAGGUAAUGAGCGAGAAGAAACAUAUAGGAGUAGAAUGAUGGGAAGACUUGGAUCGAGGCCACCGAAUUGCGAACGCAAGUGCGGAAGGUGCAGGCCAUGUGUUGCCACUCAAAUCCCAGCAACGACGGAUAAACUGGGGAUUCAGUACACCAAUUAUGAGCCUGAAGGAUGGAAAUGCAAAUGUGGGUCCACUUUCUUCAAUCCAUAAAUGCUACCAUUUAAGUAUUUAAACCACCGUUUCCAUAUAGCACUCUCUUUCUUUCUCUCUCUACAUGAUGACAUGGAUGUAUUGUCUCAUUUUGUGUUUUAUCCUCCUUAAAUUGGAAGGGAUUGGGUGCGGUGUUGAUCUUUUACGGUACUGACUGCGACACAUCAAAAAAAAGGUUUAAAAUUUACAGUCAGUUUUUGUUGUGAAAAUGAAUGUAAGGACUAGACGACUUAGCUAGCCAGCCAUGUGGUGCAAGUUGAAUUUUGAGUUGGACAGAGAUUCUUCAUUUUCAUAUUUUCAUGGGCAAUGGACGAAUUUGAGCCCAUGAACCAUUGUUCAAUUCGAUUGUAGACAUUAUUUUAGACCUUUGUUUGAAUUUUCCAGCUCCCUCAGGAUUCGGAAUCAUAAGAAUGUGAAUCAGUUUUCUUUCUU